AUGACAUUGACAAUGGAUUCUCGUAAAUUCACACAUAUGGACUCUCUUCGUUUUGAUUCUAGGAAAUGUGACCCAUUACCCUCCCUUCGUUCCUUCUAUGCAACUGAUACAAAUGAACAGGGGGAGUCCCUCGAGGAUGCAGAACAUUCUCUCAUAUGGAGAGCUGCCAGCCCCAAAGACUUGCCCUCAGAGGCAGUGAUGCAGAUUAUGACGUCGCAACUACUUGACCGGAAAGUUGUCGCAUCCAUGACCGGGCCUGACAGCGGUUUUCAGGUCGCUCGCGAAUGGAAGGACAAGAGCAUGUCAAAAACACUCGUCUGUGGAACACAUGGUGACCCAAUUGCAGAUGCCUUCGUUGUGAAAGUUCGCUCGAACAGCGCAUUCAUGGCGGUUGCCGACGGUGUGAAUUGGGGCGAAGCUCCGAUGCGUGCCGCUCGAUGCGCGAUCAAUGCUGUCUAUGAGCACUUGGAAACCAAUUUCCUACUUGGAGGACCACAAGCGCUCAAAAUUCGCAACACUCGGGACGUCGUCGACUUGUUGUUCUCGGCCUUCAAACAAGCUCAUUUAGACAUAGUUGCGCAAACUCGGGGUCUGACAACUCUCUGUGUAGGCCUUCUUCUUCCAGUCCAUAUUGGCGAGCGUCAUCGCCACUAUCAUCGACGUCAUCAAUCUGGACAGUCUUCUGGCCACUCAGCUGCGUCAACUUCGUCUUUGACAACUGAAGAGGGCACUACCACUACUCAUGCCCUAGUAGUAGCCUCUGUAGGGGAUUCUCAAGUUUUCAUUCUUCGCGAUGGAAAUGAUGCCAUGGAAGUCACUGGUUGGGUUCCACCUAAUAAUGGUUCAUCAGGAACCGAUUGUGAAGCUGAAGGUCCACCUGAACGAGAUUUUCGAGACGCUGGAGGAGCACUUGGACCAGUUUAUGAGUCAGGGGAACCAGAAUUGCAAAAUCUUAUGUGUGCGGUCUCCAUAUGUAAUCCGCGAGAUCUUAUCAUUUUCGGGACUGAUGGACUAACGGAUAAUUUUGAUCCAGUGAUCGUACGAAUUGCCAUCCCACGAGCGCCAGAUAUCUCUUUUGCCGACGAAAAUGAUGGAGGAGAAGAAGAUACCGCUCUUUCAUCUGAUUUGUCUAAAUCGCAUUUCACAUCUACUAAAAAUUGGUCCAAAAUGACGCCUAUAGCCAGCCCUUAUUCUCUCCCAAUUUGGCCUAAACCUCCUCCACCUCCACCGUUAUCAAAUUUACCAACUCCUGUUGUACUGUCAUCACCUGCGCACGACUUUUCCUUCCCCCCAACCAGUCCAGACACUGUCAGCGCGCGCAGUCUGAAUUACACAAAUCAGUUAGAGUUGACUUGGCCGGAGCGUAGGAAGUAUGUUUCAAAGGAGCUCACUCGAAUAUGGUACGAACUUGAACGCACAGGGUGUGGCGAGGUCUCCGCAGUCAAUUAUGGAGAAGCCCUUCUGAAGCAUGUUAAACGAGUGACUGCUCAAAAGCGCCAGUUCCUCGAAGCUCCAGAAACCACCAAAUUGAAGGCUCAAUUCUCUCGAUACAUGAGAAAAAAGAAUUCCCUUCGCGAGAAUGACAGACCACGCGGCACCUCUGCAGCUACUGGAAGAAAUUCCAUAGAGGAGAUGGAUAAGGAAUUGUGUGAACUAGAGCGCAGACGAGCAUGGCUUAUGGAUUCAAUGAGAAGAAUGCCAGGGAAGCUGGACCAUGCAACGGUGGUCGUUCUACAAACGGGCUUCAAUUGA